UAACACAUAUGUGUAGUAGCGAUUUGAUAUGUCGAUUUUUUCUCCCACUUCUUCCACUCUUCCUUAUCAUUCUCCAAUUUCAUCACCAUGCUUUUCCCGCUUCGUCACCGCUUCAUUCGGCCGUCGCAUCCGCCGCCGCAGCCGCCGUCACAACAAACUCAAACCUUCCAUCCCUACCACCACCACAACCACAACCUCUUUCGAACCCAAGCUCGAAGCCGUAAUAGACCUCACAAUCUUCCCUUCCUUCCAUUCCAACAUUCGUCAAUUCGUUUCCUCCGGUGAAGCGGCAUACCGCGAUUUACAGACCUUGUUCACUCUCGACGAAAAUCGCAGAGUCGUCGUUUCGUGCCGGCCUUCCACUAUUCACUUCGUCGGAACUUCAGCUGCUUUGACUCUCGUAGCGUUUUCUGUUUUUAGAGUAUUGAUUGAAUUGGUUUCUAGGUUAGCGCCGUGGCGGCGAAACGCGUCUGGUUAUGGUAAAUCUAUGGUGCGCAGAGACCGGAGUCUUGGAGGGAAAGAGGUGGUUGUUGGAUUGGGUUCCAGGAGCGGCGUUACGGCGCCGAUUAAGCGGUCUUUGAAGAACAAUAAGGUUGCAGUUCAAAGGAAAUUGCCGAAAUGGUGGCCAAUUGUUAAUAAUCCCAAUCACAGUGAUUUUGAUUUUGACCUAAAUGAGCAAGAAGAAUACAGAAGAGAUGCUUACAGACUGGUUCGAGGUAAAGACACUCUUCUAAUUUCUCUACUGUUUUCCAUCCUUUAAUUCAAGUUGCAACUUACCCACUUGAUUUCCAGCAAUUAUUGACAAUAGAAUGGCUGCAAAAGACAUCUCUGAGGGUG